AUGUCCCGCAAUCCGGCUGCGGGUCUCGAGAAUACGCUAUUCCAACUAAAAUUCACUUCUAAACAGCUUAAUAAGCAGGCCCAAAAAGCAGCUAAGGAGGAAAAACAGGAGGCUAACAAGUUGAAAAAGGCCCUUAAUGAAAGCGAGGAAAUUGCAAGACUUUACGCUUCCAACUCAGUUCGGAAGCGCAACGAGCGGCUCCAGCUACUAAAACUUGCAUCUAGAGUAGAUUCUGUUGCUUCAAGAGUUCAAACAGCGGUGACAAUGCGCCAAGUUUCAGGCAGCAUGGCCCAAGUGUGUCGUGGUAUGGAUAAAGCGCUGCAGAGCAUGAACUUGCAACAGAUUACAAUGAUCAUGGACAAAUUCGAGCAACAGUUUGAAGAUUUGGAUACUAGCGUUAAUGUUUAUGAGGAUAUGGGCGCAAAUUCGGAUGCUGUGGUUGUCGAUAACGAUAGGGUUGACGAACUGAUGAACAAAGUGGCAGAUGAGAAUGGGCUGGAACUCAAACAAAGUGCGGCUUUGCAAGAGGUACCAGAAGUGCCCCCGGCUACUGAAUCUAGUACAGAUGAGAAGGAGUUAAAGUUGGCGCAAAGACUUAAAGCGCUUCGUGGUUAG